AUGGUUAUAAUGGAUCAUCAAUAUGAUGGUAUAAAGUUGGAGCAACCAACUGGAUCACCAUCGGUUUUGAAGAAUGGACAUAUUCACACAAGUGGACAACUACACAACUCAACAUCCAAUUUCAUUGCUGGAAUAAAUACGAUUGGUCAAUCGAUCAAAGAGAGUGUCAAGGAGAUACCGACAGAUAUCAUUAUGAUAAAAGAUAGAAUAGUCAAUAAGAACUACUUUUUGUUGGGCGAAGAUAUGAUACUUACGGAUGACGAACAACUCUUGAAACUCGAGAAUGAAUCAUCGAUUUCCUCGGAUCAAGUCGUUCGUAGACCCAUUGGAAUCAAAGACAAUGAAACCGGUUUGAAUUCGUUCGAUCGUUCGGCUCCAUCAACAACAUCCAGCAGCACCAGCAAUCGCUUCAGAUCUCUUAGUUCACCAUCGCUACCAGGACAAAAGUCUGAAUCCUCUCUGGAAUAUCUACUACAACGUUCAAAGAUAUUCAUAGCCAAGAGAAACAAUAGUGUAGAUGAAACUGCCAAUGGUAAUUCCACUGGUAUAAUACAAAACAAUAUAAAUAAUAGUAAUAAUAAUCAAUGUAAUAAUAGUAAUAACAAUAGCAAUAAUUGGGAAAAUGAUUUAAGAAUUAGAUCAUUCUCUGUUGGCGCCAAUGAAAGAGAUAGAUUGAAAUCUACUAGUUCCGGUAUGCCAACUCUCAAUGAAUGUCAGGAGAUACUGCAAAUCGUCAAGGAGGAACAAAAGAAACAGCAUCAGUUGAAUCAGAGUAGCAAUCAUGUUAUUUUGGUGACGAGGGAAGGCUGCCAGGAUGAAGAGGAUAUCGAGAAUCACAAUGACAAAGAGAUUCAAGUGUAUACCAUCCAAUCGGCACCAAUAAACAUUUCCGCAAGAAAGUCAUCGCCACUCCGUGAAUCACCACUUCCCUCGCCUAAAAACAGACGUCCAAUGUCACCUGAGAUCGCCAGAGUUCUUAGUUCCUCGCCGGAUUGCAGUCUUCCACAGCUGUCUAGCUCCACACCAUCGACUCCCACCAUGACAAAACCAGUACCACCUCCAAGAUCGCCACUAUCACUUCGUAACUCUACACAAUCGACACCUACACACUCGCCACUCUCCAACUCAUCCUCUAAAAUCUAUCCUCCUAAAAAGACAUCAACAACAAGCAACACAACAACUACAACUACAACCACAACAACAACCACUGGCGAAAAGUCUAUCUCCAUUGGAAUGGCACUAGCUAAAUCUAAAUCCAGUGGAAACAUACCAAUCACAAACAAACCACUAUCCUCCUUCCAAUCGGAAUUGAAUUCAAUUCUACAAAAGAAACUUCCAGCACAGCCAGCAGCUGUUGACCAACUGGAAUCCAGCACUAAAGAACAACAACAACAACAUAACCAACAACAAAAUAAUAAAGAUAAAAAAGAUAAACAUAAUAAUAACAAAGAAAAAGAAGAAUCGUCAAAGUCCAACAAGUCAUCAUCAAAGUCCAAUAAAUCAUCAUCGUCAGAGUGUGCCAAGAUUAUGUUACCUGAAUGA